UGACUCGUGCUGAUUAUUAAUCACGUGACUUUUUAUUUUCAGGAGAGUUCAGCAGCGUGUUCCCGUGAGAUUGUUCCCGUGAGAUCGUUCCCGCCUCUCUCCCGGGACUUCUUAAUAGAAAACUGUCUGAAGCGGAUUCCGAGCAGCUGCUGGUGGAACAGCAGCCUCCACCGGAACGAUUUCACGUCCUGAGUGGACACGCUUCCUUCUAAAGUGUCACGUGCUCCUUCUUGCAUCGUUAACGAUACUGAACAAAACCGUCACGUUCGGUGUCGCACGUGCUGCCGGCCGUGGAUGUGGGCUGACGCGUUCAGGUCCGCGACCUGCCGGAGCUUCUUUCACUGCAGCCUUCUGCAGCUCAAGGUGUGCGUGCGCGCGCGCGCGCGUGCGUCAGGGGCGUGGAGGUGGAGGGGAGCGUUGCGUCCUCUCACGUGACCAGCCCGCCCGUCCUCCCUGCUCUCGGUCCGGAUCUCUUUGUUGUGGUUGCAGCGCGUCUGUGAGCCGGAGCGCCCCGCUGAGCUCCGUGACGGAUCCACGACGCGCGGGAUCGUUUCGUGUGCGGCGCGAGACAGAUAGCCGGAUCCAGCCGGUGCAGCUCGGUCUGCCUGAAGAUAGAGGCGCGGACGCAGGGGGAGGAUGCUCCCUGCCCGGACGAACUGGACCGCCUCCCAGACUUCCUGAACGCGGAUCCGGCGAGCGUUACCCGCACAUUCCUCCACCUUCCUCCCUCUGCGCUCUCCGUCAGUGGGGCACAGUGUGAGCCAGCCUCCGCCUGCUGCACCCGGGAUUAAGCUGUGCUUUCCACCUGAACCGACAUCCGAGCGCUGCGUCCCGCUGGCGUCUGCAGGUCUGAUCGGCUUCUUCGCGAUGCUGUCAGGCCCUGCGAGGCAUCGCGGGCGUCCCGGCGGGGUCGUCCGGUGCCUGGUGUCCGCCUGCCUGCUGUCUCUGCUGCUGGAGGCUCGGGGGUCUUAUCCUCAGAGCGGCGAGUGCAAAGGCAAAGGAAAGGACUGCACAGAUCUGUCAGAGAAGAAGAGCGACCUGAGGGUCUGUGAUGACUCCACCUGCCGAUUCGGGGGCACCUGCAGAGAGGACGGCGCUCAGCUCAAGUGUGUCUGCCAGUUCCAGUGUCACAAAAACUACGUCCCUGUGUGCGGCUCAAACGGAGACACCUACCAGAACGAGUGCUACAGGCGACAGGCGUCCUGCAAGCAGCAGAGACUCAUCUCCCGGGUGUCCGACGGGCCCUGCUCCACCGAUCCCGGUUCUGGUUCAGGAGACGGAGACGACGACGAGGGCUCGGGCUCAGACGUCGGGAAGAAGUUCACCAAGUGCAGCACAUGCAAAUACGGAGCAGAGUGUGACGAAGACUCGGAGGACGUCUGGUGCAUAUGUAACAUCGACUGCAGCGGUCACAAUGAAAACCCGGUGUGCGCCACUGACGGAAACUCCUACAACAACCCCUGCCUGGUCAGAGAGGCCUCGUGCAUGAAGCAGGAGCAGAUCGAUGUCAAACACCUGGGCAGGUGCCCCGCUGAUAAAGAAAAACAGGGCAAGAAAGACGACGGCAGCCCUUUCAAAGGAAACGUCCUGGACACCAGGAUUGUGGAUCACGGAGAAGGUUUCUACCCGGGAAUGUCCAUCCCGUGUGCCGACAGCUUCUCCGGCUUCUGCGUUCACGGGAAAUGUGAGAUCAACAAGUACAACAUGGCCACCUGCAGAUGUGACGCAGGAUACAAAGGUCCUCAGUGUGACGAGCCUCAGGACUUCAAC